CCUACCUUUUGUCUCCUUCAACUUGCAUUGUCGACUGUAGACUGAACAUUUCCUGUCCAACUUCUUCAACCUUAUUCUCACGACCUUCACUUCUUAAUCCCUGCAAGCAUGGCAGAGCUAGGCAUCAUCGCUAGUGGCAUGGGCAUAGCCUCGCUCGGAAUACAAAUCGGAAGCGGCAUAAUCAGGCUCAAGCAGCUCUGGAAUGACGUGAAAGAUACUCCAGAAGAGAUACGGUAUCUGAUCGAGGAGAUCGAGAUACUUGGCCAGGUGCUAGCUGGUGUUGAUGAUCAUUCCGAUAUCUCACCUUCUGGAAGACGAUGCCUGGAUCUGUGUUGCAGAGGAGCGCAGCUGCUUGCCGAAACACUGAACGACCUUGAGACGAAAGUUACGAAGCGAAGAAGAAUUGGGAGCUUGAAGGCCGUCCUUGGAGGAGGCGCAGUGGAUAAGUUGAGAGAGAGGUUGAGAUCUGCGCAAACCAUGUUGAUGCUUGCGACUCAGAUAUCUCUUCAUUCGCUCAGCGAUCGCCGUCAUGAGAUUCAAAGAGAGCUCGCUCUAGCGACCCAACAGCAGGUACAGAACCUUACUGUGCUUUGCUCACAACCAGUUACCACGACCUCAUUCGCUUCGUCACUGUCCCAGGUGUUGGUCUCCAAUUCAGAGAUCGAUGAAGAGAUUGAUCAUGGAAACAAAGUCCAGUCUCAAUUGAAUCUUCAAUCCAGACGCAAAGAGCUAAAACGGGACUACCGACAAAUCAACAAUACAUUGGCUCAUCAAAGAACGACUAUUGCCCAGUUUCGACCGCCGGGGUGGCUCUCAAGCUAUAUGCGUUCUUUUGAGAUAUAUUCUUGCAAGGCACCAUAUGGCUGGGAUUUCUCGAUCCGCCCAUACUGCAUAGUUCCUCGUGGCUCGAAAUUCUUUGAAUGUGCUUCAAAUGGUGACAUUCAAGGCAUACAGAACCUUUUCCAAAAAGGCGAAGCUAGGCCGUUUGAUAGAAGUGAAGCCGGCAAGUCGGCCCUGCAUUUCGCCGCGUUUUCACAAAACGUCGAGGUUUUCCGUUCCUUGGUGGAACAAGGGGUAGAAUUGAACUCUUGGUUUUACGAACUAGAAUUAGUUCUGGACGUCAGUGGCGGCGCUGUACCAAUAGAGGACACUCUCCAAAUCCUGGACUACAUAUGGGAAUUUGUAGAGACGGAAGAUCCCCUUGUUUGGAUUCGCAGGGCAUAUAUACCCUACCAAUCCCGUGGAAGCAUUUUAUGGAUCCGAAAAAAGUUUCAGGCACUGGGUCUACUUCAAAGCGCAGAGUCCAUUGUGCAGUUUGCGAUCCCGGUACUGCAAAGAUGUCGAGACAGAUUAGUGGAAAACAGUGAGGAUUAUUGCUCCGUGGUCAAGCUCAUCUUAGGCAGUAAGCAGAUAGAUGAGGUAAUAUGCAACGCAGUUGAUUCCAAAGGCCAGACUUUACUUAGCCAGACACUGUGGCAGUUUGGGCAGUCAUUCAUCCAAACGAUCGAUAGCCAUUUUGAGAAUACAGAAAUUUCUGUAACCUCCACCCCUCUGAAAAACAAUAGAGGAAAAUUGGAGGAUCUUGUUCAACUCUUGACUCUGUUAUCGGACUUAGUAAAGGGUGGUUCUGACUUAAAUUCACUGUCAAGGCCCGAGUUAGGGACUUUUCUUACGCCACUCCUCUGGAUUGUCUCUGGGUCUUGCAGAGACCGAGCCCAAGACCUCUAUGGCAUCCCUCAACCUGCUCUUGCCGCCUGGGUCCAAUUUUUGGAAGACUGUGAAGUGGAUCUGAGAGUUUAUGGUCGGAAAGAAAAAGCCAUCCACCAAACACCAGAUAUCUGUAAGAAUUGGUGGAUAUUAGAAGAUACAGCGAGAUUUUAUAAGAAACGCCAAUGGGGCUGUAUUAGGCUCAUUAAUUUUGUUUAUGGUCCGGAACCUAGGGACUGGAAAUUUUGGUUUACGAAAGAGCUAGAGCCUUGGUUUUUCCAGUUUUGGGAUAUGAUUGAUCAUCCAGAAAGGGCAAUGCCGGGUGCUUGGAAUGAUUUUGGCGUAUGCGGAGAGGAUUCAAUGGAGUGGAUGGAGUGGUACACCUGGCCAAAUGAUUGGUACCAAUAGUGAGAGCCAUGAGACGAAAAUUCGGAGUCAGGAGUGAUCCAAUUACCUUCACUAGCAAGACUGUAACAAGAGACGGGUUAUCGAGGUUAUCGUAGAAUCUGAGAUAUAGGACAAUUAUCCAAGCGGGCAAGCACGCGG